UCAGUGAAUCAGUCAGUUGAUUCUCAAACAAAUCAGAGUUAUUAUACAAAACCUAAAAUUUAUUUUAUAAGUAAUGUCUCCCAAAUUUAAAAUGGCUGUGAACGUGUACUCUACCAACGUGACCUCGGACAAUCCUUCGCGUUACGAAAUGCUAUCCUGGGUCAACCAGAUGCUGCAGGCCCAGUUCUCCAAGGUCGAGGAGUUGUGCACCGGAGCGGCUUACUGUCAGUUCAUGGACAUGAUGUUCCCCAGCUCGAUUCCGGUCAAGCGAAUCAAGUUUCGCACAAACCUAGAGCAUGAGCACUUGCAGAAUUUUAAGCUCCUACAGGCAAGUUUCAAUAAAGUGUCCGUGGACAAGGUAAUUCCCAUCGAUAGACUAAUCAAGGGACGUUUUCAAGACAACCUGGAGUUCCUUCAGUGGUUUCGCAAGUUCGUUGAGGCCAACUACAGUGGCCGGGCCUAUGAUCCCCUAUCGGCCCGAAAUGGUGUUGCCAUGGGUUUGGGCUCUGGUCCUAUCAACCCUAAGUUACAGAAACAAUCGCCUAGUUCCACUCCUCGUAGUGAUACUUCGGAAAGGCCCUCCACUAAGCCAGCUCCGGAAAAGGCCAAAACAAAGAAAGAAAUUGAAGCACUUAAACAGCAACAUUUGGCACUUUCCAAGGAGUUCGACGAAUACUCUAAAUAUAUUCCGGAAGUGGAAAAUGAACGAGACUUCUACUUUAACAAACUAAGAAACAUUAAAAAACUUUGUCAGAGAAGCAAAGUAGCUGACCCCAAAUUAAGACCCUUUUCUGAGAAGGUUUUUCAGAUUAUUUACGCCGAUAAGGUGGUCCGCCGAAACACUAACUGAAUCUUAUUGAAAACCUUUUC